AUGGUUGAAUCGGUACGGCUAAUGGUAGAGAGGAAUAUUGAUUUGUUCAGAGUCCUCAAGGUCCAUCGCAAUGCAACUAUUGAAGAAAUACGACGAGCUUAUCAUUAUUUAGCCUUGAGGUGUCAUCCCGAUAAGCCCAAGACCAAUGGACUAGAUUUCAAUUUGAUUAGGACAGCAUAUGAGAUCCUUUCCGAUCCUCCAUUACGAAAGCAAUAUGAUGAUUUGAUCUGUGCUUAUACUAAAAACUCAUCGAAACCAAGAAAAAAAAAGCCUGCUCCUGUCGGGGACUUGCAAAGGAAACUAAAGGAGAAGGAACGGCAACUGCCGCCAACUUUGGCUAAGAUUGAGAAACUUCGUGAAGAUGGAGUUAAACAACGCAGAACACUUGAAGAACGAACAUUAGAGGAGACACCAAGGGUCACUACAAGUAUCUAUGAUCUACCACUAUUGGAAAUACCCGAUUUCAGUACAAGUCCACAGUUUACUGCCCGGUUGAAGUACAAACAAAGACCCGAUGUGGAUAUUGACGAGAGCACAAUCAUGGAAAUCAUGAGCAUAUUUGGUAAAAUCAAGAACGUUGAAUUGCUCGAAUCUGAUGAUCACUAUGCUUAUGCAAGAAUACAAUAUGAAGACCCAGAUGCGCUAGAUGCGGCAACCGGGUACGAUUAUUCACGAGCACAGAAAUGGGAUGGUACCAGAGUUCGAAAGUUGGCAAGUUUGCUACGAUCAUGCAACAAGGAAUUUGGUCUAGGAGGGGAUCAAUGGACGAACAACCCAGUAGUCAAUGCUAUUCUUAAUCAGUAUGUUCAAUCCGUAUCUGACAAAAAGGAGUCAUUUUAA